AUGGAAGGCCAGAAUAUCUACUGCUUCGAUUACGUGGCCACGCACUCAGCACUGCCUCGACAUCGCACCUGUUGUCCCUUUAUGCAGCGGACACUGUAUCGUAUCAUUCGGAACAUUGCGCGUCUGGAUUUGGGUUUCAGCUGCCCCUCGGGCAACACGCCUCAACCUCCGGCUUCCAGAAAGAAGCGCAAAGGCGAAUCAACGUGGAAAUCGUUUCUGCAUGUGCGAGGAACAUCGGGCACUGCUGAUGAGGCAACCGACUCCAAACAGGGCUCAGUUGACAGUGACGACGAAUCAGCCCUCUACCUUCCUGCCGCCUUCAGUCAACCGUUUCCGCAGGAAGCAUGCGAACCGGAUGAUGAGGGACUUAACGGACCUCUGACUGAAGAUGUCGUGGCUCUGGCUCAAGAACUCGAUGCAGGCAAACAGGAGUGCGAGUUAGCGCUGGCCGGAGCACCCGAAAAUGUCUGUUUGAAGACAAAACGGGGCAAGCUGAGACGACAAAAAAUGCGGGAAUUCAAUUUGCCGUCAGAGUUAAAUGAAGUGUCGUUUACGUGA